GCUGUUGUGUGUGAAGAAAGUUAUAUAAACCGAUGAAAGCUAACCCAAUUCUUUGAACAAUUCCCCGCCAAAGAUCCACCACUUUCCCCAAACAAACAAUGUUCACUCUCAAAAUCCACACCGUCGACAUCCCCCAACCACCUUACACAACCACCGUCGCCGGAGCAUCAAACCCUAGCUCCUCCUCCACCAAACACACCGAACUAAACGGCGUCGUUCACCUCUUCCGCAACCUCCCCUUCACCUCCUCCUCCUCCUCCGUCAACCCCGUCAUGACGCUCUGGAACGUCGCCACUCGCACUACGAUCGUCUUCAUCGUCGCCGUACCUAACUACCUUUCGGUUGAAGAGUUUGUCGUCUUUUGUGGCCGUCAUGUUGAUGAGUUUACUGAUUUGUGUUUUAUUAGGAAUGAUGCGGUGGAAGAUCGGUAUAGCGUGCUUAUUAAGCUAGCCAAUCAAGCUGCUGCUGAUGGAUUCUGUAUUUCAUAUCAUGGGAAGCGGUUUAGUCCCUCUGAGAAUGAGGUUUGCCAUAUCUACUUUGCUCAAUUAGUGGAGUACACAGAUUCAGCAGAUGCAGCUAGCAUCCCUCAGCCAGGGUAUACAGAACUACCUACUUGUCCCGUUUGUCUUGAGAGAUUGGACCAUGACACAAGUGCAAUACAAAUUACACACUGUGACCAUUCGUUUCAGUGUCCGUGUAUCUCAAAGUGGACCUACUUGUCUUGCCAGGUCUGUCGACUUUGUCAACAGCACGACGGUAAACCAACCUGUGCAGUCUGUGGCACAUCCAACAACCCGUGGGCUUGCCUGAUAUGUGGUUUUGUAGGAUGUGGAAGGUAUGAAAAAGGGCAUGCUAUUGAGCAUUAUCGGCAAGCUCAACAUUGCUAUUCACUUGAACUAGAAACACAACAGAUUUGGGAUUAUGUUGGUGAUAAAUACGUGCAUAGAUUAAAUCAAUCAAAAGUUGGUAGCAAGUCGAUCGUGACAGAUCACCAAUCAAGUGAAGGGGAUUGUGGUGAUAAAGUUGAUGAUGAGUUUGGUGGGGCCCUUUUUAGCAGCAAAGUUGAUACGAUUGUAGAUGAGUACAACUUUCUUCUUGCAACCCAGAUGGAGACCCAACGACAACAUUAUGAAGCACUACUGGCUGAGGCAAAAGGUCGAAAGAAGAUCACUAUAGCUGAAACUAUAGAGAAAACUGAAGCUGAAAGGACACGGGAGAUUCAACAUAAACUGGAGGAACUUUCUAAAGAGACUAAGGCGGUUUCAGAUAUUAAUGAAGAUCUUGCAAAAGAACAAGAAUCUCUAAAGAAAAUGUACAAGGAAAUCCAGGAGAGGGAAAUUUCAUUACUGAAAACGAAAGAUGAGAAAAUACACGAUCUUCAAGAACAGAUUAGAGACUUGCAAAUUUAUAUGGAAGCUCAAAGAACACUGGCUCAGUCCGAUGAAACAAAUGAGCUAAAGGGGGGCACACUUCUUGGUGUUCAAUCAAACCCAUCAAACACCAACAAAACCCCUAAAAGGCGAGCCCGAAAACGUAACUAGAUGUAUUGUGGAGGGGGGUGUAUAAAAGAUAAAAACAUGUAGCCUGUUUUGACGAUUGAUACGACACGAGCGCGCACACGAUAAUAACAAAGAUGAAGGAUAAGGGGAUUGAAUGGUUUGUUGGUUGCUGUUGUUUGUACAUGUGGUAAAUUUCCUUAGGGCUAUCCAUCUUAAAGAACUCCAUGUUGUAAGAGAUCAUUCUGAAUAUAUAGUUAGUUUUAUGUCACAAAAUCAUCUUUCUAUCUUGUUUUAAAA